CCCCACGCGCCGGUCCCGCGGCAGGCCCAGGCCGCGGCCAUGGCGCUGCUGCGCGGCCCCGCGCGGGACGGGCAGCGCUCGGCCGUCAGCAGGCCGCUCUCGGCCGCAUCAGUACUCUGUCAAGUGGAGCCUGUGGGAAGAUGGUUUGAAGCAUUUAUUAAGAGGAGAAACAUAAAUGUUUCUGCCUCUUUCCAGGAGCUAGAAGAUGAGAAGGAACUUUCUGAAGAAUCGGGGGAUGAAGAACUGCAGCUUGAGGAAUAUCCUAUGUUAAAAACCCUUGACCCAAAGGACUGGAAGAAUCAAGACCAUUAUGCUGUUCUUGGACUGGGAAAUAUACGAUACAGAGCUACUCAGAAACAAAUCAAAGCAGCUCAUAAAUCCAUGGUUUUGAAACAUCAUCCAGACAAACGAAAAGCUGCAGGGGAACAGAUAGGUGAAGGUGAUAAUGAUUAUUUUACUUGCAUAACUAAAGCUUAUGAAAUAUUAUCUGAUCCUGUGAAACGACGAGCAUUUAACAGCAUAGAUCCUACUUUUGAUAACUCUGUACCUUCCAAAAGUGAAGCAAAAGAAAACUUCUUCGAAGUUUUCUCACCAGUUUUUGAAAGAAAUGCCAGGUGGUCAAAUAAGAAAAAUGUACCUAAACUUGGGGACAUGAAUUCCUCAUUUGAGGAGGUAGAUGCAUUCUAUUCCUUUUGGUAUAAUUUUGAUUCCUGGAGAGAGUUUUCCUAUUUAGAUGAAGAGGAAAAAGAAAAAGCAGAAUGUCGAGAUGAAAGGAGGUGGAUUGAAAAGCAGAACAGAGCUGCCAGAGCGUUGAGGAAAAAAGAAGAAAUGAACAGAAUUAGGACUCUUGUUGACAAUGCAUACAGCUGUGAUCCCAGGAUAAAGAAAUUUAAGGAGGAAGAAAAGGCGAAGAAGGAAGCAGAGAAGAAAGCAAAGGUAGAAGCAAAACGAAAAGAACAGGAGGCAAAAGAAAAACAAAGACAAGCAGAAUUAGAAGCAGCACGGUUAGCAAAAGAAAAGGAGGAAGAAGAAGUUAGGCAGCAAGCAUUAGUAGCAAAAAAGGAAAAAGAGAUACAGAAGAAAGCAAUCAAGAAAGAAAGGCAAAAACUCAGAACAACAUGCAAGAACUGGAAUUACUUUUCUGAUAAUGAGGCAGAUUGUGUUAAAAUGAUGGAGGAGGUGGAAAAGCUUUGUGAUCGUCUUGAGCUAGCGAGUCUGCAAUGCUUGAAUGAAGCACUUACAUCCACAACAAGGGAAGGAGGAAAGGCGGCUGUAGUAAAACAGAUAGAAGAAAUAAAUGAACAAAUAAGGAGAGAGAAAGAAGAGGCAGAAGCUCGUAUGCGCCAAGCAACAAAGAGUUCAGAAAAGUCAACCACUGGCGGUGGAGGGGGAAGCAAAAAUUGGCCAGAGGAUGAUUUACAGUUGUUAAUUAAAGCUGUGAACCUCUUUCCAGCAGGGACUAACUCAAGGUGGGAAGUUAUUGCCAAUUACAUGAACUUGCACUCUACUACUGGAAUAAAACGAACAGCAAAAGAUGUCAUCAAUAAAGCAAAGAGUCUCCAAAAGCUUGACCCUCAUCAAAAAGAUGACAUAAACAAGAAAGCAUUUGACAAAUUUAAAAAAGAACAUGGUGUGGUGCCUCAGAUGGACAGUGCUGCCCCCUCAGAGCGAUUUGAAGGAUCACCUCUAGAUUCAGCCCCUUGGACUACAGAAGAACAAAAACUUUUAGAACAAGCAUUGAAGACUUAUCCAGUAAAUACUCCUGAAAGAUGGGAGAAAAUAGCAGCAGCUGUUCCAGGCCGGUCAAAAAAAGACUGCAUGAAGCGAUAUAAGGUAAGGUCCCUCACCUGCUCCUGGGACUGUCACUACCCAGGUCUUGAGAGAAUCCUUUGCUUUUACUUUUCCAUUGCCUAUCAGAGACAGUAUCUGACACCAGCAAAAUUAUGGACCCUUGUGGAAAACUUUUUAUUUUUUGUAACUCAACCCCAAAAGAGCAGUAAGGACUAAAUGUUCCUCAGUGAAAGUACUGGCUCUGGAAGCUGGGAAGGAAAGUCUGUCUCAGGAAAUUUGUGUUAUAAUUUGACAGCAGGCUCUUGCAGAUGGUGAAGUCCUGUCCCUAGCCGCCUGUAGGUAAAGUUCCUGGUACACGAGCAUUGACCUUUCAUCAACUGAUUGGUUUCUAUGAGAAAUUGCUCUACAAUAUUAAACUUUGUAGAUUUCUCAUUAUGUUGAGAACUAGAAUGUUUCACAGUAAAUAUAUGUAGUGUUCAAAACCACAGCAUUGUUCACAAGUUAAAUGUUUAGUUUUCUUUUUCCCCACCUUCUCUUCAGGAACUCGUUGAAAUGGUCAAGGCAAAGAAAGCUGCUCAAGAACAAGUGAUGAAUGCUACUAAAGUCAAGAAAUGACGCUUACUGACAAUCCUUGUUUUAUAAUAAAAAUGCAAAUACUGUA